CUCAAAAUGGAGACGAAGCGGUUGAAGAGAAAGAGAAGGCCAGUAGGGGGCUAUUCAAACCCUCUCUUCGUUAAAUGGGUGGAGGAAUGGCGAGAUCAGGCGAGGGAGGAGGGAUCCAAAGUGCAAUACGCAUACACAAAGGCCUUGAACUCGCUGAAGAAGUACCCACUGCCCCUCACCAGCGGCGAAGAGGCAAAGAUACUCGACCACAUAGGUGAGAAACUGGCCAAGAAGCUUGACAAGAGAUUGGCUCAGUACCGUGCCGAGGAAGAAGAAAACAGUGGGUCUGUCAAGAGGUCGAAGGUGGCUGCUCGUAGUCUGGCAGGAGAGACUAGUGGGGCUCAGGGAGAUGUACAGUCGGCCAAAGGAAAGAAGAAGAGAAGGCAGACUGAAUAUGUACCAGAGUUUAGGUCUGGACCAUACGCCAUCAUAAUUGCCCUCUACAGAGCUAAACAGAGACCUAAUUGGACAGGUCACCUGACCAAGAACCAGCUAAUGUCCCAAGCUCAGCCGUUCUCUGACAAGUCUUUCACCAUACCAGAUGAUGGUAAGUACUACACGGCUUGGAGCUCCGUGGCCACUCUCAUCAGGAAGGGACUUGUCGACAAGAGAAGCUGUCCCGCCAAGUUCAGACUCACAGAGGCCGGAGAGGAAAUGGCAGAGAAGUUGGAGAGAGCCACAUCGCAACAGAGCUGGAAAUGGACCGAGGGUUUCUCCAACACAGAAUAUAGUUUCCCGUCCGAUGUCACCGCCCACCUUCUCCCCUCCUUACCCCUCCCUCAAGUCCCCAAACACACCCACUCCCCCUGACCUCUCUCACCCACCCACCAUCUCACUGGUCUCUGACACUGAAGAUAACGGUAGUAGCAGCGAUAUCGAAAUCCUUCCUCCACCUCUGUCAGUCAGGAUCCAGGCCAAGACCAGACCCACUACUACCACAUCUCUUAGUCUUUCUCCGUCGCCACCACACACGCAGGGUCCCAGCAGGUGGUGUGUGGAGGAAACUCCGGAACAUUCCGUAGCCUGUGCGUCUGGAGAGAGGUUCCCAACAGGCUCUGGAGGGAGAGGGCCUCUGACCCCCGCACAGAUGGCCGGGCAUGCGGCACUCAGUAGGCUUCAGAGUGGAGGUGUGGCCGGUGGUAUUGGUAGGGACAGAGGAGAGGGGAACAGCAGUGGUGGUGGAAGGAAAGGAGAGAGCAGCUGGAAGGGAGAGGAGAGCAGAGGAGAGAGAAGCAAGGGAACGCUCCCCUCCUGUAGAGUAGACCUCACUCUAGAGAUGGAGGAUUUCCCCGUUGGCAAGAGACGUCGGGAAAGUAUCGACGAUGAUGACGAUUUGCCUGACUUUCCUCUACUGACUAAAGCAAAGCCUCCACAGACUCACCGUCCCACCCUCACUUCUCCACCUCCCCAAUCUCCCCCGUUUCACCGCUCCCCUUCCUCCCGCCUCUCCCCUUCUCCCUCCAUCCCCAAAUCCACACUCAGUAAACCUGUUCUCCGUGAUGUUACCACCUCAAGAACGCAGAACGCUGGCUCCAACACGACAGCUACUACAAACACCACAUCCCAAACCCUCACAACGGGACCGCCUCUCUUUAGACUGAAACCAGGAGAGUUUGAAGUACUUCUGUGUGUGGAUAAUGCCGAGUCCACUGCCUGCAGAAAGUCCAGUUCCCAGUUCAGAGGGAUUCUCUUGCAAGAGCUGGCCAAGAACGGUGUCAGAUUUGAUGUCCGCAAGUUGAACGUUGGAGACUUUCUUUGGAUAGCCAAGGAGAAAUCAUCCCCCCUGCGUGGUCAAGUGACUCUGCCCAGCUCAAGAGAAGUAGCACUGGAUUACAUAGUGGAGAGAAAACGUAUGGAUGACCUCGCUGGUAGCAUAACCGACGGACGAUUUAAUGAGCAAAAGUUUCGUCUGAAGAACUGCGGAGUAAAGUUUCCCGUAUAUCUGGUGGAGGAGUUUGGAGACAAGAUGCACCUGAAGCUGCCAGUCCGCUCCCUGGAACAGGCCAUCUCCAACACACUGGUAUCACAUGCGUUGUGUGUGUGACAAUCGUCCCCACCCUGUGGUGUUUCGUGCCGUCUUCUGCUAUUAGACUGAUGUAUUGUGUCCAUAUGUACAGGUGAUAGAUGGUUUCAGGGUGCAGAGAACCACAGACAUAAGAGACUCCGUGGUGUUCCUCACUCUCCUUACCAGACAACUCUCCACCCACUAUGCCGAAAAGACGGUUGAGGCAUAUCCUUGGAGUGUCAUGGCUGACGUGAACAAGCAUCCUCCACCAGAUGGUGACAAGGCAGGAAGACACGGCAGCCACCACCUCACCGUGGGUGACACAGUUCGUGGGGUCGAGUUUGCUUCCUUCAACGAUGCCUCCGUCAAGAACAAGACGCUGACGGCGUAUGAAAUGCUGGGUCGGCAUCUCAUUCAAGUCCCGUGUGUCUCAGCUGAGAGAGCAGCGGCCAUUUUGGACCAUUUCCCCACCAUUUCUGCUCUGAACGUUCUCAGUUGAAGCUAUUUUGGAGGGGAUAGCUCUCCAGUACGACAAAUGAUCCACUACAAGUGUUCUCCAGAGAACGUUAUUAUAUACCACCAAUUCACAGACUGAGGGAUGCAUAUGAGAAAUGUGGAACCAGCACUGAGAGAGAGGCCCUUGUCUCCUGCUUGAAAGCAGGCCAGAGCAGGAGUAUGGGAAAGACUAUUGGCAGUAUUCUAUCAUGUUUGUACUGGGGACAGUGAGAAUGGUCACCUCCUGUUGUGUUGAAACUCCUACAUGCAUGCAUUACAACAUUUUUCAUGGUAUAGAUCUAAGUGCAUGUAGUCUCACAAACCAGAAUCGCACAGAAGGCAGUUGAGCAACUAAGCGAUGUGCACCAGUCUACCGCACGAGAGGGUACCAUAAGAGAACCACGUGAGAAGGAAUCGUAAUAAGAGAAACAAAUGGGGGCGAUGCUAUACUAUU